GCCGUGAUCCCGGCAGGCCAAGCCAUUCUCCGUUCCCCCUCGGCUCCGCUACUUCCCAUCUCAGCCUGCGUUCCCGCCUCCAAGCCGUCUAGAUUCAAGCCACCGCGAGCAGCUCGUGGCCAUGCUGGCCGCGGGGAGAAGCGGCAGCGGCAUGGCGCUGGCGCUCAUCGUCCUCGCCGCCUCCGCGGUGUCCCUGUUCCCUGCGGCGGCGUCCCUCUCCGUCACCUCGCCCUACGUGCGCCCGCCGCCGCGGCCGGACGCGCUGUCGCUGCUGCUCCAGGACGACGACGACGGCGACGGCCAGACGCCGCAGCAGGUACACAUAUCAAUGGUCGGGCCUGACAAGAUGAGGGUGACAUGGAUCACCGACGACGAAGCGCCGGCGAUCGUUGAGUAUGGCACGACGUCAGGCAACUACCCGCUGUCUGCAACCGGAAGCACGACGACCUACUCCUACGUCCUCUACAAAUCCGGCAACAUCCACGACGCCGUCAUCGGCCCACUGCAGCCUAGCACAACUUACUACUACCGGUGCAGCUCCAACCCAAAGCGCGAGUUCUCCUUCCGGACGCCGCCGGCCACCCUCCCCUUCAAGUUCGUCAUCGUCGGCGACUUUGGGCAAACCGGAUGGACGGAGUCGACGCUGAAGCACAUCGCGGCCGCCGACUACGACAUGCUUCUCCUCCCCGGCGACCUCUCGUACGCCGACUUCAUCCAGUCGAGGUGGGACUCGUACGGCCGCCUCGUGGAGCCGCUGGCGAGCGCGCGGCCGUGGAUGAUGACCGAGGGCAACCACGAGAUCGAGAAGCUCCCCGUCGUCGAGCCCGAGCCCUUCAAGGCCUACAACGCGCGGUGGCGCAUGCCGUACGACACGGGCGCCACGCCGUCCGGCGACAACCUCUACUACUCCUUCGACGUCGCCGGCGGCGCCGUGCACGUCAUCAUGCUCGGCUCCUACACCGACUACGACACGGGCAGCGCGCAGCACAGGUGGCUCCAGCGCGACCUGGCGGCGGUCGACCGCGGCAGGACGGCGUUCGUGCUGGCGCUGGUGCACGCGCCGUGGUACAACAGCAACAGGGCGCACCAGGGGGAGGGCGAUGCCAUGCGCGACGCCAUGGAGGCGCUGCUCUACGGCGCGCGCGUGGACGCCGUGUUCGCGGGGCACGUGCACGCGUACGAGAGGUUCGCGCGCGUGUACGCCGGGAAGGAGGACCCCUGCGCGCCGCUGUACGUCACCGUCGGCGACGGCGGCAACCGGGAGGGGCUGGCGGACAAGUACAUCGACCCGCAGCCGGCGAUCUCGGUGUUCCGGGAGGCGAGCUUCGGGCACGGGCGCCUGGAGGUGGUGAACGCCACCCACGCGCUGUGGACGUGGCACCGGAACGACGACGACCAGCAGGUGGUCGCGGACCAGGUGUGGAUCACCAGCCUUGCGACCACCCCGGCUUGCCGCGGAAGCAAGGGCAAGAAGUGACCAGAAGAAAACUGUGUCUUCACCGGCGUGAGUUCAAAUUAAAUUUAUAGAUAUAUGUUGUUCCCCAAAGCAAUAUUUAUAAAUUGGUGUCAUUCUCUUUAAAUUAGUGGGGCAGUGUCAUGUAAAUAUCCGUACUUUUACUGAUUGUUGGACAUUGUACAAUUAUUAUUAUGCUUCCUGAAUUUAAAAAUGGGCGAGGAGUCCAA